AUGAAUGGAGUUCGUUAUAGGAUUGCGGAAGAUAUCCUAUAUUUCCGAGACAAAGGUCUUUGUAUUACCAGGGUCGAGGGGGAGGUAAAUGACAGGAAUCGAUUGUUCUGGAACAAGCUGCAAUAUCCAGUUAAUCAGCAUGAGAUCGACCGCAUGACCAGGGCCAAAGAGGCUGCCCGAAGUGUCUUAAAACACAAGAGUGAAGAUCAGUGGAAUGUCCCAAGACAUUCCAAAACACACUUCCUGAACUUUCUUCGAGAAAUUCUAGACAACAUUUUUAAAUAUGCUCUAGUCGCCCUUCCUGGAAAUGUGAUUUCCCCAAAUCUUCUGGCCACUAACUGGAAGAAGAGAUACAUCGAGCCAAGUCACAAGAUCCUUGUCACUGGGCAAGACUUCGAGCCGUACUUUGCUAACGAUGGCCAUCGACCAUGGCCAUACAAUACUUCAUACUUCGACAAUUCUCAAUUCUUAUUGAAACGCACGACUCUCCGUGAUAAGAAAGGAAAACUGCAUGAAUUAACGUUAGAGGUGGACGUUGACCAUUGGGGGACUCUACCCACUCCAGCUAGACGACAACUCGAAUUCCACGGGAUCCUCUCACAGUUACUUGAGAAUGAAAUCAGAGAAUUGAAAAAUGUUCGAGUUCUCAAUGUCGUUGCUGCAAACCCGCUGAGGAGUCACUAUCAAAAAGUUGAUGUUAGUAUUGCGAGAGAUACUAUACAAUGGUUUGAAAAACGAGAGACUGCUCGGGUGGAGAAAUAG